UGUGUGUGAAAUGGAAGUGGACAGAAAAGUUUCUGGUGGUGGAAGGACUUGUGUAGAGCAUCAGUGUAAAAGCAGUGCCCGGGUUAGGUGGACGGAUGCGUGCGGCGCGGCGCUGCUGUGUGUUGCGCUCUGUUGCCUCUCGUUGGGAUUCUGCGUGAUGGUGUAUGUGCGCACCUCGGAGCUUCAGGACAGGGUGUUCAGCCUGGAAAAGCACAGAGAACCUCAUCAAUCAGUCUUUCUUGAGCAGUUAGAACCUGUGCUCCUGAAGCGCCUGGAUCAGAUGCUGGAAGAGAAAUUAGCCUCACGUUUGCCGAAGACAAGAGAGAUUCGGGAUGUCUCCCACGCCUGUCUGUGUCCACCAGGACCUCCUGUAAGUACAAUAGACCUGUUCCUUUGUUGA